AUGGGGUACCACCGGCAUAGACGCGGGCGUGGAUCCUCGUCGUCCUCCUCCUCCUCCUCUUCGCGCCGCACCAAGCAAGAAGCCUCGUGCGAUGAUGCUCCUGGGACAUCACUUCCAAGGCAGGAAGACAACGCCGAAGAGGAAUCUAAUAGCCCAAAAAUUCAGCUUGCAAUGUGGGACUUUGGGCAAUGCGAUGCUAAAAGAUGCACUGGUCGUAAGCUUUCAAGAUUUGGGCUGUUAAAGGAGUUGCGAGUUACUAAUGGUUUUGGUGGUGUUGUUCUCAGCCCUGUUGGGACACAUUGUGUGUCCAAGGAAGAUCAUCCUAUCGUGCAACGAAAAGGAUUGGCUGUGGUUGAUUGUUCUUGGGCACGUUUAGAUGAUGUCCCUUUUGUGAAACUACGUUGUGGUGCUCCUCGUCUCUUGCCAUGGUUGGUAGCAGCAAACCCUGUGAAUUAUGGCCGGCCAUGUCAGCUUUCCUGUGUGGAAGCUUUGUCAGCAGCCCUCAUAAUAUGUGGGGAGGAAGAGACAGGAGAACAGCUGCUUGCGAAAUUCAAGUGGGGUCACUCGUUCUUAUCACUUAACAGGGAUCUGCUGAAAGCAUACUCCAAGUGUGAAAAUGGCACGGAGAUAAUCAACGUGCAGAACUCCUGGCUGUCAAGCGCAUCGAGUGUUUCAAAGUCACCUGUAAACGUGGCAGACAAACCACACCGAAGCACAGAGGAGGAAGGAUCAGAUUCUGAAUCUGACGACGGCUUGCCCCCUCUGGAAGAGAACAUGAACCACUUGGACCUUAGCGAGGAGGAAGAAAGCGAAGAGGAAAGUGAAACUGAAAACGAAGGGAUUACCGACGCAAAAUGA